AUGGCAGUGAACGGGUUUAAGAGGCUGGGAGUGGCCUCAUGCCCGGGGGACUGGAAGUAUGAGACUGUGGGGACACCCAGACAAAGAAGAGAUGUCACCAGAACUCCUAGACGCGGAAACUUGGGGAAAGACGAGCGCACCCGGCCGCCGGGAGCACGAGAAAGGAAGGGUGGGGGACGCAGGACGCCGGGGCAGACGGCCGCAUCCGGAGGCCGCGGGGCUGGCGGGUUUCCGGUCCCCCGGCCCGCGGCCCGGGCUACGGGGACGUGCGCGCCGUGUGGGGCGCGCACGCAGGGCGGGGCGUGCGGGGGCGCGCGCGUGCGCAGGCCAGGCGCCCAGGGCCAAGGCAGAGCCGCGGAGCUGCCGCCAGUCCGCCGUGGGUCCACGCCGCCAGACGCGCCGCCCGCCAGCCCAGCGUCCCCAGCCGCCGCCGCCGCCGCCGCCGCCAUGGGAGUGCAGGUGGAGACCAUCUCCCCCGGAGACGGGCGCACCUUCCCGAAGCGCGGCCAGACCUGCGUGGUGCACUACACGGGGAUGCUUGAAGAUGGCAAGAAAUUUGAUUCCUCCCGGGACAGAAACAAGCCUUUUAAGUUUAUGCUAGGCAAGCAGGAGGUGAUCCGAGGCUGGGAAGAAGGGGUUGCCCAGAUGAGUGUGGGCCAGAGAGCCAAACUGACCAUCUCCCCAGACUACGCCUACGGCGCCACUGGCCACCCAGGCAUCAUCCCACCGAAUGCCACUCUCGUCUUUGACGUGGAGCUUCUGAAACUGGAAUGACAGGAACGGCCUGCUCCCCGAGCUCCCCGUUCUUGGAUGUGCCGUGGAGGGAAGUGGCGCCUCCAGACGCGCACAGGCGAAUCCGUAUGGAGCUUUUCCUGGUGUUCCACUCCACACUCUUUGUGUAAACAUCGACCCCGACUGAAUGUGUUGUCACCCGGCUUUCGCUCUUUCCCUAUCUCCUCGUAUGCGUGUUGACCUAAACGAUAUGCCAUAAACCUCAAGUUACUCAUUUUAUUUUGUUUUCGUUUUGGGGUGAAGGUUUGGUUUCAGUCUUUUGGAUCUAGGUUUCCACUUAAGUAUUAGUCAAGUAUUAACAGCACAAGUAAUGGGUUAAUUUUAGAAUAGGAAUUGGGGGGGGGCGGGGGGAGGGUUGCAAGAAUCUUUAUUUUAUUUUAUUUUUUUUUGGAUGAAAUUUUUAUCUAUUAUAUAUGAAACAUUCUUGCUGCUACGCUGCAAAGCCAUAGCAGAUUUGAGGCGCUGUCUAGGGCCGAAUUCUCUCCAAGUUGAGAGAUGUCCUUGGGUUGAAUUAAAAGCCCUGCCCAAAACCGAAAUGGGGAGGGGGAGAGCCUUCGCCUCCACUGCCCUGCCCCACCCUCCCCUUACACUCUCUGCCUUUUGGAAGCAGAUGGUUCUCACCGCGAUGCUGGACACUACAGGUAUCUCCCCAGGCCAGCAGGGACCUCCGAAACCUUCUUCGUGGCCUGGCUUUUUUGUUGUUUUUAUGGGUUUUUUGGGGGUUUUUUUGUUUUGUUUUUUUCCUCUCCCAUCCUGUGGUUUUUCUAACGGAUAUUCAGGACUUUUGUAAUCUCCUAGCUCUCCAGGCACCACUUCCUAAAUUUCGAGAACUUUAAUUGAAAGUUUAAAUUGAAGGUGCUGUUUGUAAGACACUUAACACCCGGUGAAAGCCCAGCCGCCAGGACAAACCCUUGAGUGUUGUCUUGAGGAACAGGAUGCUGGUCAUCACAGCUGCAGCAUCUCCUGGUGUUUGAUGUCCGGCUCCCCCCUUCCCCACCCCCCUGCUGAUCUCAGAGUUCCCUGGCUUCUCCUCCCCUCUCACCCCUUUGCUGUCCUGUGUAGUGAUUUGGUGAGAGAAAUCAUUGCUGCCUACCCCCCACCCCCACCUCCCUGCACUAUGUAUGAGUUUCAAGUUUUAUUAUUGCAAUAAAAGUGCUUUAUGCUGGCUUUUCUCA